GAUGCCGCUGAGCUCGUGCUUGCUGCGCCGCCGUCUGAGCGCUCUCUCUGUGGUUCCACACACACAAAUAAAUAAAUAAAUAAAAACAAAAACAGAGCCACGGUGAGGCAGGAGCUUCAUGUUAACGGACUGAACCUGGGAGGAAAGUGGCCGCCCCGGAGCCCGACAGCAUGCGGGUCCUCUCGAGCGUUCUGUACCCCGUCCUUUCCCUCAUCAUCUUCGGAUUAUAUCCCUCCAUGACUAUCGGCCCUAAGGAAGGAUGGCAGGUGUACAGCUCAGCCCAGGAUGCUGACGGGCGCUGUAUCUGCACAGUGGUGGCACCAGAACAGAGCCUGUGCUCCAGAGAUGCAAAGAGCAGGCAGCUCCGCCAGCUACUAGAGAAGGUGCAGAACAUGUCUCAGUCUGUUGAGGUGCUGAACCUGCGGACUCAGAGGGAUUUUCAGUAUGUGAUGAAGAUGGAGAACCAGCUGAAGAGCCUGAGGACCAAGUUCAGGCAGAUUGAAGAUGACAGGAAAUCCAUCAUGGCCAAGAAUUUCCAGGAGCUUAAGGACAAGAUGGAAGAAGCACGGAAGGUGAUCCCUGUGAUGGAGCAGUACAAGAUGGAUGCUGCUGUUAUCUUCCAGUUCAAGGAGGAGAUCAGGAACUUGUCUGUGGUACUGACAGAUAUUCAGGAGGAGCUCGGGGCCUAUGACUACGAUGUGCUUUAUCAGCGAGUCCUGCGACUGGACAGCCGGCUCCGGAGCUGCAUGGGCAAACUGACAUGUGGGAAAUUAAUGAAAAUCACUGGACCUGUGACAAUAAAGACAUCUGGAACUCGCUUUGGGGCAUGGAUGACUGAUCCUCUAGCAACAACCAGAAACAACAGGGUUUGGUAUAUGGACAGCUACAUCAACAACAAGAUUGUCCGUGAGUACAAGACGAUGGAGGACUUUGUAGCAGGAGUGGUUUCUCGAACCUACAGCCUCCCGUUUAAAUGGGAGGGAACCAAUCACAUCGUCUACAACGGGUCACUUUACUACAACAAGUACCAGAGCAAUAUAAUUGUUAAGUACAGCUUUGAGACUGGAAGCGUGCUGGCCCAGAGAGCUUUGGAGUUCGCCGGCUUCCACAACAUGUAUCCGUAUACUUGGGGAGGAAACUCCGACAUCGACGUCAUGGCUGACGAACUGGGAAUGUGGGUUGUGUAUGCAACCAAUCAGAAUGCUGGAAAUGUGGUCAUCUCGCAGUUAGACCCGGACACCCUGCAGGUUCUGAAGACCUGGAACACGGAGUACUCGAAAAGGAACGCAGGUGAAUCCUUUAUGAUCUGUGGAACACUCUACAUCACUAACUCUCACAUGUCUGGGGCAAAGGUUUACUACGCUUACUCCACCAAGACUUCAACUUAUGAAUACGUAGACAUUCCCUUCCACAACCAGUACUUUCACAUCUCCAUGCUUGACUAUAACGCCAGAGAGAGAGCGUUGUACGCCUGGAAUAACGGCCAUCAGGUAAUCUUUAACGUCACCCUGUUUCAUGUCAUAAAAACUGAUGAUGACUCUUAAACAUGACACUUUUCCAACCACAAUUAAAGCACCAUCGUUUGUAAAACAAAGACCAACUGACUGAAUGUUUUCUCUUCUUGAAAAUGGAUUGCGGUAUCUUUGCUGGCCACAACUUGAACUCUUUUGAACUGUGACUCUGUAAACUGGAAUAGAGCAUGGACACCCGAUGACUUUACUAGAAAAGCUGUUUUGUACACUUUUUCAUUGCUGCUGAUCAGACUGGUUAUGCCUUAUUUGCUGUUGGCUUCGCUAGCCAACGACAUUUGACAGCUUUUGCAUGAAUGUCAACAUUUUUCUCAGCUGUGAUUGGCUGUUAUAACUGUUUUGUUGCAAAUCUGUCACUUGCUAAGUGUUUUCUUUCUUUCUUUUUGUUCUUGUUGUCUAUUUAAAAGUAUUUAAACUAUAAAAAGCAACCUUCAGCAUAUUUCCAGUGUAGCUGCUAUUCCUUUAAAGAUGGCCUGUAAUUUAUUGCUGUUAUGAAGUCUGUGAAAGAACAUUUGUAUUUUUUUUAUAAAAUGAAACCAUAAA